CUCUGUCCCGUAUAUCUGCAUUAUGAUCUCUUCUUGUACGAGAAUGCUUCAAAGCAAGGCUGUGAGCUCCGUCCCCCACAGAUGUGAAUGAUAAUGCUCCUGAGUUUGUGAGGAAACUCCACGAAACUUCCGUGGCAGAGAACACGGCCGUGGGGACAGAAGUCCUGCGGGUCAUGGCCACCUCAAGGGACAUCGGCAUCAAUGCAGAAAUCUCUUACUCCCUUCAGCACACCACGCUGGAGGAGUACCUGCACAUCCACCCAAAGACUGGUGUGAUAAGCAUUGGCGCCGAGGUGGACUUUGAGCGCGUACAGCAGGUGGUGGCGACAGUAGUGGCCACAGACGGGGGGGUGCUGCCUCUGUCCGCCACGGCCUUGGUCAACCUAACAAUCACUGAUGUGAAUGACAACUCCCCGGUGUUCACGCUGCCCACUUACACCGCCACAGUCAAGGAAGACGCUCUGCAAGGCGCCAGCGUGGUGCAGGUCUCAGCCAGCGACGUGGACCAUGGCAUGAACAGCCUCGUCUGCUACAGCAUCAGGGCGGGAAACGAAGACCACUGCUUCACUAUUGAUGACGACACCGGCAUCAUCACUGUCAUCAAGAAACUGGACAGGGAAAAGGUCACAAAGUACCAGUUGACGCUGGGUGCCAGGGACUUGGGCACACCCAGCAACACUGCCAUGGCUCAGGUCGUGAUCCAGGUGGGCGACGUCAACGACAAUGCACCCAAGUUCACGCAAGACAACUAUACCAUGGUCAUGCAGGUGAGGCGAGAGGGUAGUGGUGGCUGCGUAGCACAUCAAGUUCAUUGUACAAGAUUUUCCUCCUCCAAAGCCAUACUGUUUGUCCGUCAAUCUGUUGUCUCACCAGAUAGUUCAUCCAUUUAUCUUUGAUCAACCUUUCACAGAUCUUCACCACCACACUUGUCAAAGAGACUGGCCUGUACUUCCCAGAGUCUUCCCAGCAUCCUCGUUUGUGAAUUGGCAUAAUGUCUGCUCACUUCCAGUCUGCUGGGCCGUUACCUUCUGCUAGAGAGCUGACUAUGACACAUUGGAUUUUAUCAGCUAAUUCCUUACUGCACUCCCUUAAGACCCAGCCUGACACACCAUCCGGUCCUAGUGCCUUCCUCACGUCCAGACCUCCCAUUAAUCCUUCCACCUCUUGCACUGAAACUUGUCUUCCUUCCAGGUACUCCAUAUUUUCUUCUCUUCCUUCUUGUCCA